UUUUCUGCCACGUCAAACACCUUCUCUUUCUUCGAGCGUAGUCUUCUUAGUGUCCUAUAUUCCACCAUCGAUCUCAGAACCCAUGUGUAACGCUAUCGUUCCUCAUUGAAGCCACUUGACAACGUCUCUCCAUUACCUACCUCUCUGUCCAGCUCUCCCACUAUGUCGACUUUAAUAACCCAUUUCUCAACUUCCAUCAAAAAUCUCUAAUUCCUGAGACUAUAAAUAGGAGAGAUGAGAACCUCUAGAAAUCUCUCUGCUUCACGAGAUUCAAUCAUAUUCCUUCUUUACUACACACAAUUUGCAACGGUGGUGUUAUCCCAUAUAUUUCUUUACGAUUUGAAAAUUUGACAGUAGUCCUCAGAUGGUGGUGCCACGUUUCAUGGGUUUAUGGAAAGCACGUAAUGUCGCAGAAGAAAAGCUGAGACGAGUCAAAAGGUGGAGUUUUCAUGUCCCCUCAAUGAUAUAAUUUAAUUUUAUUAUGUUUUUUCUCUAAUAUUUGUUCCAGUUCCUUAAGAACUUUUCAUGUCCCCUCAAUGAUAUAAUUUAAUUUUAUUAUGUUUUUUCUCUAAUAUUUGUUCCAGUUCCUUAAGAACAUUAUGUUGUGUGGGCUUAAGAAACUAAAAUUUUGAUCUGCUAUUGCCUUUUGAAAUGACAUACCCUAUUGGUCAGCGUUAGAUUUGAAAGUCUGGGCACUUCUUUUGUUUUAUUUCUAUGUUUGUUCGUGUAUUGUGUCUUUUUGAUUAUGUUCUCUUAGAUUGUUUCUACAAAACCUUUGUUUCUCUUUUAGCUUCCUGUUGAACAUAGUUGAGCAACCAUAUCUUCUUUUGUUUGCUGUUGAAAUCAUUAUAGACUCAUUGCAAGUGUUCUUAAAGUAAUGUUUUUAUUACCCCUCUCCCAGGUAUCUACAGAGCAAGUAACUCCAGAGUGAUCAGAGACAGAAGUAGGAGACAAAGAAGAGGUGACAUUAACGGAUCAGAGAGACUGACGAGAACAAUCAACAGACGACAGACUGUAAAACCCGGAAGGGUCCAAAACUCUGCCGUGUCCAAGAUGCAAGAGCAUGGACACUAAGUUCUGUUAUUACAACAACAUAAACCAGCCUCGCCAUUACUGCAAAGCCUAUCAGAGAUAGUGGACUGUCCACGGGACUAUGAGGACUGUACAUGAGGGUGCAGAAAGGUGCAUGAAGCCGCUACAACAAAAUUUUAUCCUCUUAUUACCGUCACAUGACAAUCUCCGAAGCUCUAGAGGCUGCAAGGUUUGUUCAGAAAAUACAUACCAACACUCGAGUCCUGAGUUUUGGUGUAGAGAAUGUAUUGCUUUAGCGGCUCAUCUGUGACCACUUCUAUCAAUCACUCACUACAAAUAGUUUAAAUUAACGAGACGAUUCCCGAAACUCAUGUGCAUGAUCAUCAUAUCGUCUAUCAUUGUCUAAUUUGGGUUAUUCCUCCUUCACCAUUUCCUUCAUGCACGUAAAAACAAAUAUAUAUAUAUAUUCUCUUACAUAUAACUAAAAACCAAGAAUAAAAAUAUAAAAAUAAAAUAUAAAUUUUAAUCCGUUGUGAUAAAAUCCAUUAUUUUCAUCAAAACUAAGUAACUAUGAUAAAAAAAAGCAAUUAGAUCGUAAUUAUUUUCUCUUUCAGAUAAAUGCAUACUUCAAUUUUGUAAAACGUCAUAAAGUUUUUCUCUCAUGUUAUAACUGUUAUAAGUUCUACACAAUUAGCAUAUAACCCAAACAUAUUGGAAUAUAUGUUAGCAUCUUCUAUAAAUUAGUUACUUAAGUAAUUUAAAUAAUUUAUUUUAUUAUUUUUAAGUUAAACAUCUACAGUCUUAUGAAUUAAUACAAGAAAUAGAAAAUUAUACACUAUUUUGAAUAUAUAUUUUCAUAAUUUUUGUAGAAAUUCAUUAGAGUUUUGAAAAUUUCUAAAUUAAUAAUACAUUUUCCUAUCAAAUUAUUAAAUAGUUUUAUUUGAUUUUCAAAUAUAAUAACAUAAUUAUGAUUCAAACAAACGUGUAUAUUUAUAAGGAAUAAUAGUUACUUUUUUUUUACAGUAAACAUUCACAAACUCAUGUUGACUCUGUAAACCAAAGUGGUAGUUCUGCAUCCAUAUGUACGACGAAAGACGGUUGUUUCCGAGCACUAAUGAAUAAUAGUUACUAUGAUGAGGUUUUCAUGCUGAUUACCUAAUUUAAAGUAAUUUAUUAAUAAUGAGUCUGCUAUUUUUCCAUAGUUUUUUUUUCAAACUGGUAUUUUUACAUAGUUUAAAUUAGCAAUUUAAAAAAAAAAAAUAGUGUCACUAGAUUCAUUAAACUAACGUACAAAAGAGAAAAUAAUAUAUGUUACUGUGUUCUAUAGAAUCGACUACUGUUUAAAAAUAAUUUAUUAUAUUUACUACUAAAAUCAAGAUAAAAAAUAUUUAAAUGGUCAAAUAAUUAUAUUUUCUUAUUUUUAAUGGUAAAAAUGGUUUGUAUAGAAAUAAUACUAAAACAAAUAGUAAAAAUUAUGGUAAAAAUAAAAAAAAAGUUAUUUUUAUUUUUCUUGAGAAUAAAAUAAAUAUUUAAGGUUUAUUUAUAUUAUUUUGUUUGUUGCUUUCCCGCCCGAAGGGCGGGUUGGAUCCUAGUAAGAAUAAUAAUUGGUGUGAAAGUAAUGACUAAAACGAGUAAAGAUUGCUUGACUAUAUAUAUGUAAAAGUAUACAAUGGCCAAAAAUAGAUCAUAUAGCCCCUAGACUUAUACUAUCAUUGAUCAUAUAGCCCCAACGAUGCAAAGCAAGCUUGGGUAUUUUCAGAAAUGACAGAAUAAACCUAAUCUCCCAACGAUGUAAUUAAUCUCUUAUGAAAACGUUUAUUACGGAUAUAUAGCGACCAAAUCAAGAUGAAUGAAAACGUUUAUUACGGAUAUAGAUAUUACAUAUUUUAUCCAUAUUCCAUAGUUAGCGGCUUCAAAUGUAAUAUCCAUAUUCCAUAGUUAGCGGCUUCAAUAUUUGAAACCACCCAAUUUCUAUAAUUACAGUAAUUAAAUUUAUGAAAUCGUGGAGUAUAUUAUUGAUAUAUCCAUAGUUGGAGGCUUCAAUAUUUUGAAACAAUCAGAUUUCCAUAAAUAGGGAAAUUAAAUUUGGAAAAUCUUGGAGUAUUUUAUCUACGUUUCCAUACUUGGAGGUUUCAUAUUCUGUAUGCAUAAUUAAAAAUUAUUUAAGAUAUGGAAUGCUACAAAGUCUUGCACGAUCCUUUCUAAAAAAUCAAUAAUCAAAUAUCAUCAUUUCUAUAAAUACGUAGGUAUUAAUUAUUGAAAGGAUAUUGAAUCCGUAAUUAAUCUCUCAUUUAAUUCCCAUAUCUCUCUUGCUAUAUAAUAAGAUGACUUCUUCCUAUCUUCCUCACACUUAAACGACCUCUUAAAUUUCUAAAAGUUCUUUUUAAUCGUUUGAGAUGGCUACUGGUAACAUGACUCUCGAAAAGAAGAUCAAAGCUGACGUGACAAUGAAUGCCAAUGUUGGCAAAAGAGCUUACGUCACUUUCCUCGCUGGCAACAAAGACUACUGGAUGGGUGUGGUCGGUCUAGCCAAAGGACUUCGUAAGGUGAAGUCAGCUUAUCCUCUUGUGGUGGCCUGUCUCCCGGAUGUGCCUGAGGAACACCGUCAAAUUUUGGUGGCUCAAGGAUGCAUAAUCCGUGAGAUUGUACCGGUCGUUCCUCCAGAGAACAAAACCGGUUAUUCCAUGGCUUAUUUUGUUCUCAACUAUUCCAAACUUCGUAUUUGGGAGUUUGUGGAAUAUGAGAAGGUGAUGUAUUUGGAUGGAGAUAUUCAAGUGUUUGGUAACAUCGAUCAUCUUUUCGACACUCCUUCCGGUUACUUGUACGCGGUUAAAGAUUGCUUUUGCGAAAUAUCAUGGUGCAAUACUACUCAGUACAAGAUCGGUUACUGCCAACAAUCACCUGAAAAGGUGACAUGGCCGGUGGAAACUCUCGGUUCUCCGCCGCCUGCCUAUUUCAACGCUGGUAUGUUACUGUUUGAGCCAAAUCUUGUCGUGUACGAGGAUCUCCUUCGUGUUGUUCAGAUCACUACUCCAACGUAUUUUGCUGAACAGGAUUUUCUGAAUAUCUAUUUCAGAGACACCUACAAGCCAAUUCCUUCCACCUACAACCUUGUAUUGGCUAUGUUAUGGCGUCACCCGGAACAUGUUGACCUUAACCAAAUCCGCGUGGUCCAUUACUGUGCAAAUGGCUCAAAGCCAUGGAAAUAUGAUGAAACCGAAGAGCACAUGGAGCGUGAAGACAUAAAAAUGCUGGUGAAGAAAUGGUGGGAGAUUUAUGAAGAUCCAAGUUUGGACUACAAGAACUUUAUGGAAACUGAGUCUAAGUUGAAUCCGAUCACUACUGCAGUCUUAGCUACCAAGGAGUCUGAUGAUGGUGAUGUUCUCACGAGCCUUGCCCCCUCAGCAGCAUAGCCAAUCUUUUAGUCCAAGCUAUACUAUAUUACUAUGCAACCUUUUUUCUGUUUCUGUUUUUGGUUUUAAGAAAGGUUUAGCUAUAUAUAUAAUUUUAUCAUAAUUAUAUAUAUAGCGACCUCGUUUGAGCUUUAUGUUUGUGAGAUUAGAGGUGGUUGGUCUUGUGUUUUGGUUUGCGUUUUGUGUCAAUGCCGACCUUGAUCAACCAUGCAUGCCUUUGUAUCUCUUUUGUUUUAUCAUUAAUCAAUAAUAAAAACUUUCUUUUGGCUUUCAUUCUCUAGAACUAUUCGUUCAUUCUUUUGCAAAACAAUUUAAUUUAUAUUCGUUCGAAAAGCUAAGAUGAUUUUUAGUAUAGUUAUGAAUAUUAUCAAUAGUCUCUAGCCUCUUCAAGUCCAGUGUUGUCAAUUGCGUUGGUCAUUUCUAGGACUGGUUCUUCUUUUAUAGCCAAGUUUCCUUUCAUUGAGUUUUCAGCUGGACAAAUCAAUUUAGUAGGCAACUCUUUCUUCUGCUACUUAAUUUGUUGCAUCUUUAUGCUUUUGGGCAUUAUUUAGACGUGUGCAAGUGUAUCACCUUGUGUAGGUUUCAAGUUGAUUGCCCAAUAAUGAACAAGAUUUAAAUCAAGAUGUAACUAUAAACAAGAUUCCAAAUGUCUAAAUAACCAGAAACUAGCAUGUAUCUGGCAUGCUAAUGAGGGGUAGUUUGCACAACGAUGAUGGUAGCAAAACUGACCGUGGAGUUUGUAGGGAGGUGAUCUAGAAAUAACUUUUUGUGUUGAUGGCUGAAUAACCAACACCAACUAGAAUGCCUAUGAGGUUUACAAGCAUCAACAUCAUCCGCAGCUCCUUGGGUUGCACGUAAGAAACAAAACAAGAAAGGAACUGUUUCCUUUUUAGUUUUUACUAAUUAAGUAUAUCUCAAAUCAAGAUGUAACUGUAAACAAGAUUCCAAAUGACUAAAUAACCAAAAAUAUUUAAAUGUCGAACAUUACGCCAUAAUGUCAAAACACGUUCUACCAAAAUCCUCAAAUUUUGUUUUUGAUAUAAUUAUAACUCAAACAAGAUUCAGAAUGAUAAUCAAACGCCAGCAAAAGACUUCUUGCUCUGAUCAUUAGACAAUGGCAUUGGCAGCACUAGCAAUCCUCGGCCAGAGAUCAGCGCACUCUUUACCAAUAGGACCAGUGAUUGCAGAACCCUUCAUUUCUCCCUUGGGGUUGACGAUGACUCCAGCAUUAUCUGUCCAAUGAACAAACAAGCCAACAAAUUAGUAUUUAUUUACAUACAAAGAAACAAAAAAAAAAUCAAAUUUAGAUAUGUAGAGUCCAUAUGGAGCAGACGCAAGCGUUCAAGCAAAAAUAAAGCAUCUGUAACGAAGGACACAGAUUAAAUUUCCCAGACUUGUAACCGUAUCAACACCCUCUAAACGUGUCGGUGGAUACUUGACUUAAGUCAUAAAAUAUCACUAAAAAUUUGCCUAAAGAAAAUAAAUUUCGAGUUCAAAUGGAGCAGAUACAAGCAUUUAAAGCAUCAUAGCAUCUGUAACGAUGGAACACAUUUUAAAGUUUACCAGAACUGUUUUGCAUAUUACACCCUCUUAAAAUGUGUCGGUGAAUAUGACACCAGUCUGAAAUAAUCAAUCAACGUCACUU